CCCCCAUACAUGCGACAUGUUCACCAACAUGCCCGUCUGUACGAGCCAAUGACCAUCGACAAAGUCCGACAAGCUCGUCAAGCUCGUCAAGCGCGCCGUGGGUCGGGAACGGUGCCUGCACGGGGCUGGCAACGGGUUCCGGGCGCUCCGCGACUUGAUGACGCCGAGCGGCCACGAGUCCACGUGGAAAAAACUCGCAGCGCGCAUGCGGCUUGACAUCCGCCUCGUGAUGCGGAUGCUUCCAGUCAACUCGCGCCUGCACUACUACAUCGAGCACCAAGAGCCCGCCGCCAUUUUGUGCAUACAUGGCUGCGGCGCCGUGGAGACGGAGGUGCAUGCAUUCUUCGCGUGUCCGUACCUGGAAGUCGCACGACAAGGCUUGGCGCGGCCGUUUAGUGGCCUCGCGUCUCGAAUCUCGACCAGUUUCCCGUUCACGCACGGCGUGCAGCGCGACGCUGUACCCAUUGUGGGCCAUGGCGGCUCGGUCACCCUGAUCUGGAUGCCGCCAAGUGUGACAACGUGCUCCAAGACAUCAUCUUUCUGACGAGACAGGCCGCGAUCCGGGGCCGGCUCCGUUUACGUCGCCCGAGCAUCAGCUCGUCUCUUCUUCUCUCGUAGGUACCGCGUCCUCGCCGCCAAGAACCCACUCGGCCUUCAGCUCAAACCGACAUUUGCAUGAGACCUCAAGACCUCCUCAACACAUCCCUUAUUAAUCUUGUAUAGCCCCUGAAGACGUGUCGUGAG